AUGACGCAGUGGACCUAUGACGAAGUUGCGAAGCACGGUUCGCGGGAUGACUGCUAUGUUAUCUUGUACAAUAAGGUGUACGACUUGACCGAGUUUAUCCCUGAGCACCCUGGUGGCCCUCAGAUUAUUAUCAAGUACGCCGGCAAGGAUGCAACUACCAUUUUCGACCCUGUCCACCCCAAGGGAACGAUCGAGAAGCACCUGCCGGCUGAAAAGUGCAUGGGCGAUGUGAACGUCGACACGGUUCCUGAGGAGGUCCUGCGCGAGCGCGAGGCGCUCGAGCAGGAAGAGGUUGCGCGCCGCAAGAACCUUCCCCCGGUGACGCAGUGCCUGAACCUCUACGACUUUGAGAUUGUCGCGCGCAAGGUGGUCACCCCCAUGGCGUGGGCCUACUACUCGUCGGCUGCUGACGACCAAGAGACGCUCCACGAAAACACCUCGGCGUUCCGCCGUAUCUGGUUCCGCCCGCGCAUCCUGCGCAACGUCAAGCAUGUGGAUACCAGCACCCUUAUCCUCGGCCACCCCAGCACGCUGCCUGUGUACAUUACUGCCACAGCUCUUGGCCGUCUGGGCCACCCUGACGGUGAAAAGAACCUGACGCGUGCUGCGGCCCAGACGGGUCUGAUCCAGAUGGUUCCCACUCUCUCGUCGUGCUCCUUUGAGGAGAUUGUUGCGGAGCGCACGCCCGACGGCAAGCCGACGCAGUUCUUCCAGCUGUACGUGAACAGCGACCGGAGUGUUGUGCUCGAUAUGCUCCGCGCCGCCGAGGAGGCCAACAUUCAGGCGAUCUUUGUCACGGUCGACGCUCCCCAACUAGGCCGCCGCGAGAAGGACAUGCGCAUGCACUUUGACGACGCUGGCUCGAACGUGCAAAAUACCCAGGGCGAGGACGUGGGCCGUGACGAGGGCGCGGCGCGUGCCAUCAGCUCGUUCAUCGACCCCAGCCUCAACUGGGACGACGUGCUCUGGAUGAAGAACCAGACGCGCAUUCCCAUCCUGCUCAAGGGUGUGCAGACCUGGGAGGACGCCGUGCUCGCCGCCGAGAUGGGUCUCGCGGGUGUCGUUCUGUCGAACCACGGUGGCCGCCAGCUCGACUUUGCGCGCUCCGGUAUUGAGAUCCUGGAAGAGGUGGUGACCGAGCUGCGGAAGCGCGGCUACUACCCCCGCAAGAACUUCCAGCUGUUCGUCGAUGGCGGUAUUCGCCGUGCGACCGACGUCCUGAAGGCCAUCGCACUGGGCGCCACUGCCGUCGGUAUCGGCCGUCCGUUUAUCUACGCCUUCUCAGCCUACGGUGCGGAGGGUGUCGUGCGCGCGGUGCAGAUCCUGCGCGACGAGAUGGAGAUGAACAUGCGCCUUAUCGGCGCGCCGACGCUCAAGGAUGUCGUGCCCGAGAUGCUCGACCUAAGCGCUUUGCACGCACGGGCUGGUACCGUCGGCGAGCGCUGCGGCACCACCGUGCUCGACCCGAUGGGCAACGGCAAGAGCCAUCUGUAG